CAGCAGGUCACUAACGCUGGAAAAAGUACAGAGUCCACUCAAAGACAUACUUGUUGCUUUCUGAAUUCUUGGAUAAUUUUUUUUGUUGCUGUUCAUCACACCGACUUUCACUGAAGGCUAUUAUAGCCUGGAUCUCAAGGCCAGAAAAGUUUACAGGCUGCACCUCUUUUGUACUCAAUGCUGUACACCUUGCACCCAAGGGUACUGUAUAUUUACACUUAAUAAUGUCUUCUGGUUCCCACACAGCCAUCAUACAGGAAUCUAUAAAACAUGGACUUACAUCAGUUGGUGCUGGUGUCGCGGACGGACACGGAGCCCCCAGCCCAGCCCGCAGCCGCCUUGUCAUGCUGCCCAAAGUGGAGACGGAGGCCCUGGGACUCGCCCGGUCGAAUGGGGAACAGGGGCAGAUGCCGGAAAACAUGCAAGUGUCUCAGUUUAAAAUGGUGAAUUACUCUUAUGAUGAAGACCUUGAGGAACUGUGUCCAGUCUGUGGAGAUAAGGUGUCUGGGUACCAUUAUGGACUUCUCACUUGUGAAAGCUGCAAGGGAUUCUUUAAGCGAACAGUCCAGAAUAACAAAAGGUACACAUGUAUAGAAAAUCAGAAUUGCCAGAUUGACAAAACACAGAGAAAACGAUGCCCUUACUGUCGAUUUCAAAAAUGUCUAAGUGUUGGAAUGAAAUUGGAAGCUGUGCGAGCUGACCGAAUGCGUGGUGGCCGAAACAAGUUUGGACCAAUGUACAAGAGAGAUAGGGCACUGAAGCAGCAGAAGAAAGCUCUUAUCCGAGCAAAUGGACUUAAACUGGAAGCCAUGACUCAGGUGAUCCAAGCAAUGCCGACUGACCUGACAAUAUCCUCUGCAAUCCAGAACAUCCAUUCUGCCUCCAAAGGCCUACCUCUGAACCAUACUGCCUUGCCUCCUACAGACUAUGACAGAAGUCCCUUUGUAACCUCUCCAAUUAGUAUGACAAUGCCACCCCAUGGCAGUUUGCAAGGUUACCAAACCUAUGGCCAUUUUCCAAGCCGUGCUAUCAAGUCUGAGUACCCUGACCCUUACACUAGUUCACCAGAAUCAAUAAUGGGCUACUCAUACAUGGAUAGUUAUCAAACAAGCUCACCAGCAAGUAUUCCACAUCUGAUAUUGGAACUCCUGAAAUGUGAGCCAGAUGAACCGCAAGUCCAAGCUAAGAUCAUGGCAUAUCUGCAGCAAGAGCAAGCCAACAGAAGCAAACAUGAGAAGCUCAACACAUUUGGGCUUAUGUGUAAAAUGGCUGACCAAACCCUCUUCUCCAUUGUUGAAUGGGCUAGGAGUAGCAUCUUUUUUAGAGAACUUAAGGUUGAUGACCAAAUGAAGUUGCUUCAGAACUGCUGGAGUGAGCUCUUAAUUCUAGAUCACAUUUACCGGCAAGUGGUGCAUGGGAAAGAAGGCUCCAUCCUUCUGGUUACUGGGCAACAAGUGGAUUAUUCCAUAAUAGCAUCCCAAGCUGGAGCCACCCUCAACAAUCUUAUGAGCCAUGCACAAGAACUAGUAGCAAAGCUUCGUUCCCUGCAGUUUGAUCUACGAGAAUUUGUAUGUCUCAAAUUCCUGGUGCUGUUUAGUUUAGAUGUCAAAAAUCUUGAGAACUUCCAGCUUGUGGAAGGUGUUCAAGAACAAGUGAAUGCUGCUCUGCUGGACUACACAAUGUGUAAUUACCCACAGCAAACAGACAAAUUUGGGCAGCUUCUCCUGCGACUACCAGAAAUCCGGGCCAUCAGUAUGCAGGCCGAAGAAUACCUCUAUUACAAACACCUGAACGGGGAUGUGCCGUGUAAUAACCUUCUCAUCGAAAUGCUGCAUGCAAAGAGAGCAUAAAUUAUACCCAUUAGAGCUUCUGCUUUCAAGGAAAAAAAAAAUAUUCUGAACUGCUCCAAGCAACACUAAUUAAAAUGUGGUUUUAAGACUUUGCAAAAUGGUAUAAUAAUCAAAUACUAAUAGUAAAUAAGUGAUGUAUCAGGGUAUUUGUAUUGCAAACUGUGAAUCAUAUGCUACACAUCCCCAAAGGAAUCUAUAUAGGACUUUAUACUGGAGUGAAGUGAACUUACCCAGUGGAUACUAUCACCAAUGUCACCACGAAAGAGGACAGAAUUAUUCUUGUAUAUUUAACUCUGCUGAUUACCAAUAUGAAGAAACUUGGGAGAAAAAACCUGAUCCGUAUUAUCGAGCUAAGAUAGUGAGGAAUUUGAGUGCACUAAAUUCCUUCACUGCAUAGUAGGACUUUGAAACCAGUUCUAAUAGAUGCAAAACUGCAUCUAUAGCAUCUUCUGUCAUCCUUACGAGGACCCAACACUCACUUCUUCUGCGAUAAAUGAUGUGGCAUCCAUUCAACAAUCUGUGAGAGAGAGCUGGCGUAGGCCAUGUGCUAUGUAGUAUCGCCACCAAAUCCCAAGAGGCUGGUUUUGACUGUCGGUCUCUCAGGCCUGCAAAUUGCUAAUAUGAAGAAUCUGUUAUCCAGUUAGCUUGGCAUUCUUACUAUGUUCUGAAGUUUGUUUUGUCACGUGUUCAUGUUGUUCUAUCAGGCAGUAUCCCUCUUCCACUGCUGUUAUCGGAUAGCUAUUAAAUAGCUAAGAUAAAUAUUCCAGAACAAAUUAGCCAAUUCAACGAUAUACUUAACUAGUGGAGUGGCUAAAAUAUGGCUCUGCUAUAUAUUCACAGCCAUUUCCAAAUAAAGGAAGUGGAGAUAUUUUAGCCAUCACAAACAAGAGCUUCUUUGACCAAAAAAAAAAAAGUUUUUUAGGACGCCAAAUACUGAUGUUAAAAAACUAAAAAGAAAAUUAAAAAAAAAUGCAUUUAGGGAUGUAAGAAUAGACAAAUGAAUUGUAUGACCUGAUGAUGCCAUGGAGCUUAUUAAGAAAUGAUCUUUAAAAUUGCCAGUAAUUAAGAAACUUAAAUUUCAACUCAAACAUUCAAUAUCUGAUGAAACUUCUUCCUUUUAAAGUUAGGUAAUACACAUCUUCUACGCAAAGAAAGAAGAGUGAUACUGCUAUGUCUAUGUAGGCCAAAGUCUGCUGCAGAACAAAUAUUAGAGAAGAACAAACAAUUAUAUCUCUGUCCAAAUGAAGGUAUCAGUAUUAACAUGUAGUGCUACAGUUAUAAGUCUUGCCUUAUUUCAUUACCCUUAAAGGUAACUGUGCAGGUGUGGAUCAACAUACAUUUAAAAUAAAGUAUUAAUCUCUAACAUUAACAAAAACAUAGUGUUUACAUUCUUUAGGUCCUGUGGGGAAAAAGCUGUGAUAAAAUUGCAGAGCAGUGAUUUCCUUAUUAUUUCUUUUAAAUUGGUAAUUAUUUUACCAGUACUUAAUUACUGUAUGUCGUGAGACACUAAAAUCAAUAGGGAUAUUUCAUUUUUACUUUAAUUUUUAAGAUUAUCGGCUGCACAAUCACUUGUAGAAACUGUAUAAAAUCCUAAUCCUUUAAUUUUUUUCAUGAAGAUUGCUGGCUUUUGAAUAGUUUAUUUAUAUUGUAUAUGAUAGUUUUCACUGUAGACAAUUAUGAUGCUAAUUUAUUGUUCUUUGGUUUCAUCUUUAUAUAAGAUAUAGCCAGAAUGAAGAAGUCAAAUAUGUGUUUACUGUAGCAUGUCUUCAAGCUAGUGGAACAUAGUUCAGGGACACACAAGGGUCUUUACAAAUUAAAAUCAUUCACUUGAUUAAAUGUCUGUAAAUCUUCAUAAUCCUAAAUGUAGUUUAUUUAAAUCUAUUGUAAAUUAUGUGAGUUAGAGCUUUUUCUGUUUCAUGUGAACUUGAAAAGGUGCAUUUCUCUUAUUUUUUUUCCAACCAUUCAUACAUUGUAUACCAAAGAUAUCAGUUAUUACAUCUGCAUUAGUACAAAGCACACUAUUUUAAUCGUAUUAAUCAGCUCUAAUAUUCUGUCCAUGCAUAGGGUACAAACACAGCAAAGCCUAGUGUCUGCGACUCCUAGAUGCCUGUCUUAUAUCACAGAACACACGUACUGUUGUACACACCAAAAGCAAACCAAACACAGCUCCCUGACUCAUCCCACACAGCAGACAUGCAAGGAUUAUUUAAAUAACAGUGUUCUCCCUCAAACAAACUAAAUUAGCAGAAAGGAAAAUGCAGGUGGCGAUUGAUGGUGGCUGUGAAAUACGUUUACCCAUGUGUACAAGAUAAGUGUGGUCAUUCUUUCAGUUUUGGAAGAAAACAAAGCAUAUUUCAAGUGUUGGCAUUCUGUGCUUUCUCUUUUUUUCCUGUUGAAAUGCUACAGUGAAUCUCACUGAAUAUUAAGAAAAAAGCUGAAAAAAUCUUGCUAACUGUAUUCACAGCACCAUUAUCUAUAUACAGGACAAAAGAAUUAAAAUAAGGACGUAGAAGAAAAGAAUGAUUUUUUCAUACAAUUUAAUGGAAACAAUUUCAGAUAAACUAACAUAUUUGCCCACAUCUGUGGUUCCAAGAAUCCCACCAGAUUGCCCAAAGUACACGAACAAAAAAACCCAAAACGAACCAACAAAAAAAAACCCCAAAACCCCACCACCCCCCCCCCCAUGUUAAUUGUUAACUACUUUGUAACCAGACAUUUACUUCUGACUGCCUUAUUGAUUACAGGACAUAUUAGUAAAAGCAGACUAACAUUGAAAGGGUUUGGCUUUGGCUGGUUUAUUAUAAUUGUUCUGUGUUUGUAAACAGACAAUCUGUAAAGUCUGACUAUUUGUAUUACAGAUGUUCUGCAGCUGCCUUGGAUUUAAAUCCAUGCAACUCUUAGAAUGUGCAGUGAGUUACUUGUUGAAGUUGAAGUUCUCUUACUGUAUCGGUGAAAUACAUAUUGUCAUGUCAGUUAUUGCCAGGAGUUUCUCAUUGCCAAUGGAAUUAUAUUUUUUUUUCAGUAUUUCAAUAAAUAUUGAUAUGCCCAUGCUGAUUA